CUCUGGACCCUUCCCGAGGUCCCGUCAACUUCCUGCUUCUCCAGCCGCGACUCAGGUGGACUCCUUUGCCAUCCGAUCUCAGUGCCACCUCCCAAGCACGUGUCCCGUUUACUGUCUAUCGUUGGUGGCUCAUGUGAACAGUGACAGGCGGAUGGGGCACCACAUCGAAUCUCAUUUUUUGAUACAUGAAGCCCCUGGCCAGUGAGUCACUUGUCUCUUCUUCACUUCUCCAGGCAGUUGUGGUUAGCACCUUCUCUCCGUACUAAUCAGGAAAGGGGAAGCAAGGAUGUCUGCUUUGGGGGCUGCAGCUCCGUACUUGCACCAUCCAGCUGACAGUCAUGGUGGCCGAGUCAGUUUCCUGGGAGCCCAGCCUUCUCCAGAAGUGGCGGCAGUGGCUCCGCUCAUGAGGGACUUGGACAGGAGCACCUUCAGAAAGUUGUUGAAGCUUGUCGUCGGGGCCCUGCAUGGCAAAGACUGCAGAGAAGCCGUGCAACAGCUUGGUGCCAGUGCUAACCUGUCGGAGGAGCGGCUGGCCGUCCUGUUGGCAGGCACACACACACUGCUCCAGCAGGCUCUGCGGCGGCCCCCUGCCAGUCUGAAGCCAGAAGCCUUCCAGGACCAGCUCCAGGAGCUUGGCAUUCAAGAUAUGAUUGAAGAUUUGACCAGUUUGGCAUUAGGGAGUCAGCGCCCACUUCUAGAUGCCGUGGUCCAACAGCAGGGGUCCUGGCUGCCCCACCUGUCUGACUUCCGGUGGCGGGUGGAUGUGGCCAUCUCCACCAGUGCUCAGUCCCGCUCCCUGCAACCGAGUGUUCUCAUGCAGCUGAAGCUCACGGAUGGAUCCGCACACCGCUUUGAGGUACCCGUGGCCAAAUUUCAGGAGCUGCGGUACAGUGUAGCCUUGGUCCUUAAGGAGAUGGCCGAACUGGAGAAAAAGUGUGAGCGCAAACUGCAAGACUGAACCCUGGUAGUGGGUGCUGAAACUGGUACCAGAGCUCACAGCCCCCAGGUCAUGAGGCCCACCUCAUCUGAGGGACUGCGUGUAAGGAUGUAUUUUGUUGAAGGGACAAGACAGCUGUGACUUUUGGACUUUUGGGGUUUGUUUUUAUGAGUGAACUAUGGGCAUAGUGGCACAAUUUAUAAUCUCAGCACUUGGAAGGGUGAGGCCGGAGAAUGGUUGAGUUUAAGGGCAGUCUGGGUUACACAGCAAGAUUCUGUUUAGACUAAAGAGGUAAAGCAACUAUUAAAAACAUGUUCAUGAGUUCGAGACCAGCCUGGUCUACAGAGCUAGUUCCAGGACAGGCUCCAAAGCCACAGAGAA